AGUCAUUUCGGUAUGUUGUCGGUUUCUGUUUAUCAAGCUCUCUAUUGAUACCAACCUUUUGAAAAUAGGAUACACAUUACGAAAAAUAGAAACUCGGAUUCACCAAAAUGGUCUCACCGAAAAUCAUCAGAAGUUGGCUAUAAAUUGAUGCAUUUGCACUGUUUUUAAUGAUUUGUAACGUUCUCAAUAUUUAAUACAGCAAAAUGACUCUUAUAUAACUAGAAUCAUCUUGAAACGGUCUCUCUGAUUAUGCUAGUCUUAUGUAAAUCAAUUAAUCUUUUAAUUUUAAUUUUACACGCAUACCUACUUAAGGUACGGUGCGUUGGUAUGGUAUACAGUGGGUCAGGAAACAAAUUUGCACCAAGCAACAACCUCUGGUGCUCCAACAUUUUAUGUGCAUCCCUGACUGUAGUGAUUGUAUUGCUGCCCAAACAUAAGUCCUCCUGACAACUGAUCAUAUUCAGGAGGAACUGAAAAACAACUGAAGACCAUGACAUUAAUGCUGAAGCAUCAGUCACAUGCAUCAUGUGGUUUCUAUUUGUUACACAAUGACACCACAGAAAAGCGGAUAAGAGUGAGCUCAUCUUGGAGUUUUAUCGCAUUCAAUCCGAUUUAUCGACCUCAUAAUACUCUUUCUGCAUAUUAACUGCGGAAUUAAGCAAAAGGUGUGCAGUGUUGAAAAUGGGACACGUAGUGACGGACGCAGAUCGAUGAAAACAUUGAUCACCCAUCUUAAAUUAAGCAUCUUGGACUCCUGUCUCUCAUCACCAGCCACAAACACAAAACGCCUUUCCUUCCUGUAGCGUUUGUGUUGAUAGAAGCCCCCAAAUUCUCCCUUGUGUGACCCAUUAUUAUCCCACUAACAUAACCCAUUUCACUUUGCUCCGCCUUGUCUUUAACUUGAUGACACAUAACCCGCUCUUUUCACCGUGAGCCAAAUAUUAUUAUGUGCCUGUCGUCUCUUUACUUGCUGAUGUGUUUAUUUUACUAUACAGCCACUCCCAGGGCAAAUAGCCCUGUCAAAAAAAAGAAAAAACGAAAAAAGAAAAAAAAGAAAAGAAAGGAAAAAAAAAUACCCAAAACACACUUCUGUCUCACUGCGAUUUACUAAAAGGAGGUCAAAAACUUCCUUUUCGCUUUGUUCCCAAAUUAAUAAAUGUGUGUUUGUGUCAGCAAUCAACCAUGUGUCCUCUUAGUCAUUGGAGCUGUGUGUAUUUACACUGAUCACAAGUUUUCUGAAGCAUACUUUGACCUGGACAGAGGAGCUAGCAGACAUGAUGGGUGACUUCACUUGGAGCAGCCUGUCCGGCCAGAGUGUGCGUCUGACUGCAGUUGCCAUACAGAGCCUGUCUGAACUGGAGAGGGCCCGGCUCCAGGAAGUGGCCUCCGCCCGCUUGCAUCAAGACUACGAUGUUGGAUGUCAGAUUACUGUGCCAAAAGAUGGACAGAAGAGGAAAAAGUCCCUAAGGAGGAAGCUGGAUUCUUUAUCCAAAGAGAAGAGCAAAGAUAAAGAGGGUGUUCCUCAAGCCUUCAGUAUACCCCUCUCACAGGUCAUCGCAAACGACAGGACACAUAGGCAGCGCCAGGACGGCUAUCGUCAGGAUCCGCCACAGCGAGAGGAGCACAAGGACUCGUCUGACCUUGUCUCUUCCAUUCUACAGUUUGCGACAAAGCGAUCUUCUAAUAAGGAGCUCUCAAGCAGUAACUCCUCAUUGAGCUCCACAUCGGAGACAGCCAAUGAGUCGACGUCGCCCAACACGCCUGAGGCUGCACCGCGAGUGCGCAGACGGGGUGGCAUGUCGGUGGAUUCGAUAACGGAUCUGGAUGACAACCAGUCCCGCCUACUGGAGGCGCUGCAGCUCUCCCUGCCUGCCGAGACACUAAGUAAGAAGGAGAAACACAGGGAUAAACGGCUGAGUCUCAACCCUAUAUACCGCCAGGUGCCCCGUGUGGUCGACAGCUGCUGUCAACACAUUGAGAAAUACGGUUUGCAGACAGUUGGGAUUUUCAGGGUGGGAAGUUCUAAGAAAAGAGUUCGACAGUUACGAGAGGAGUUUGACCGUGGCGUUGAUGUCCAUUUAGAUGAGGAGCACAGCGUUCACGAUGUGGCCGCCUUGUUGAAGGAGUUCCUCAGGGACAUGCCUGACCCACUUCUCACAAAGGAGCUGUAUACUGCCUUCAUAAACACUACAUUGUUGGAUCCAGAUGAGCAGCAAAGUGUCAUGCAGCUACUGGUAUACCUGCUCCCAGCAUCCAACAGCGACACACUUCACCGCCUCCUGUUGUUCUUGUUCACCGUGGCCGACCAUGCCCAUGACCGGCAAGACAAAGACAGACAGGAGAUCACAGGGAACAAAAUGACCUCCUUAAACCUUGCCACAAUCUUCGGCCCCAACCUGCUCCAUAAACUCAAGUCUUCAGACAAGGAGUUCAGCGUCCAGAGCUCGGCCCGGGCCGAGGAGAGCACAGCCGUCAUCGCUGUCCUACAGAAAAUGAUCGCCAGCUACCAGACCCUCUUCAUGGUCCCACCUGACCUGCAAAAUGAAGUUUUGAUGAGUCUACUGGAGACAGACCCCGAUGUGGUGGACUAUCUCUUGAGACGAAAAGCAUCACAGUGUACCGAUCUACUCCAGGCUGAGGAGCCCUUCACCCUGAGCGAACGCCACUCCUCCAGCGAUUCCAACAAACCGUCCAGCGGGGAGGUGUCCCCAUAUGACAACAACUCCCCCAUCCUGAGCGAACGGAGAGGGGAGGCAGGGAAGCCAAGCGGUGCGAUGAUGGGGGAAAUGGCGGCCUGGGCAGGGGAGUCUGGAGCUGACAGCAGAGUGGGACCAGACUGUAUAUCGGAGGAACAUGCUAACAUUUGGGGUACGUGGCACACGACUCUCAAACCAGCACUCAAGGACCAAACUUACACAGGUUCCCAUAGCAACGUGUUUGAGGGAAGCUCCCGCAGCUCACAGGAAGGACUUGAUGGACUCCAUGGUGAUAGCAGACACAAGCCGAUGGCACUGCCAACAAGGACAGUGUCUGGCAUCGUUGAGUGCAGGCCACACCCGCCGGUGACCCGCGUGUGCACUAGCCCUCACCUGCAGCCAACCAUCAAUCGCUCUGCGCAGGUUCUCCAGCAUGCUCAUGGAGCCUGCACGACGUCGGAAUUGAAAGGCUGGGUGAACUCUAACGAGAGUGGCCGAUUCCCUCCCCCUUAUAACGCGCACCACCGUCUGGCCGCUUGUCAAAGUUCACCACAGCUUCCAGCAGCGCAGCAGCACCCCCUGCAGCACAAGAUGCCAAGUGCCGAGCAGAAAAACUCCGAUGGGCCCAUGAUGCCGCACAGCCAGGAGUGGCAGGACUGGCAGAGGGACCGCUGGCAAAUAUGGCAGCUGCUAUCUUCAGACAGUGCAGACACACUGCCAGAGACAUUGGUGUGAGAGCAUCAAACUCCAGCUUUAUGUCAUAUCUGAUGACUGCUUGGAGAAACUCGCCUAUGAUAAUCACACAGCCUCAUCUUUCCUCUCUUGUCCAUCGCUGGAUCUGCCAGCAUGCUCACGCAAUGCCAUUCUUGUUUACAUAUUCAGCUGCUGCCUUCUACAGACUUUGAAACAUCUAUGAGCCACCACUCAUUAUUCUGUUUAGAUAUUGUUUCUGCCCCACAUUUCAGUUCGAAGCAUUUGAAAACAGCCCCCAGAAAUACCUCAAAAACCAUCACAGCACUUCGAAAACUUAGCCAUGAAUGCCAUCUGGUUUCUUUUUUUUUUUAGUGGCGAGCAAUAGGAAACAAAAAGGCAACUUCAGAAUACGAUCUUGACUUUAAAUGCUGUUUAAAUGCAAAAUUCUUAUACACACUAAAGGAGUUCAUCAAACAUUUGAUUUGAAGUAUGUCUGUCCUUCAAACCUUUGAUAUAAAUGUUAGUCUUUGUAAGACUGUUAUUUUUCGCCUCACUGUUGAAUGUAAUUAUAAUGUUAAAGCACUCAGCUGUAAGUUUGCCACCUGCUGCACAAUGAGAUGUGCCAAAGUUGUGUUUGUUUUGUUUUUCCAUUUUAUUUCAGGAUAUCCAUUGUGUUCAUGUACAUGUUGAUGAGAAUGGCUUAUAGGAAGGCCAACAAUGUUUGCAUCAUAUUUCAAGAAGUAUCCUUGUUAGUUUCUGGUGUGUAUGUGUAUGUGUGUGUGUGUGUGUGUGUGUGUAUACAUUGUAAGUAAAAUACAGUGAAACCACAAAUUAACGGACUAAAAGGGAAGAGGGGUCAUCUGUUAUUGCCAUUUGUCCGUUAAUUUGAAACACUUUUUUUCAAGGCCUAAAAACACCUGUUACAUUACAAAAUGAUUGUAAAUAAAUGUAAAAAAAAAAAAAAAAAAAAAGCAUGAAAAUGUUUUCAAAUUUAUCCAAACUUACCGUUAAAGAUUGUUGUGAUGGUCUAAUACUUCGGUGGAAGUGCUGUUGUAUGUGCCAGCUUCCUCCAGGUCCCCGCUUUGACACACUUUCAAGUGCUUCUGCUUCUGCGCAACACCUUUCUUAUCUUUGGUAGGGUCCACAUCAAACUUCACUGCAAAAUCUUGUUGUUUUUCCUUACUGCUACGGAUGUCACUUACAGUUACAAUAAGUUUUUCAUGCCUUAUUCCUCGGGCCACAUAAACUCCCGACUCCAGCUUCUAAAUAAGUACCAUUUUUCACCAAUGGUAAGGUUAGUGCGCUUCCUUUUAUCAUUUCCGUUACGAUUGUAUGCCGUAGUGAAGGGCUUGACACACACACACACACAAAAACUGACCACAACCGAUUACCGUAUAUCAGUAUAUAUCAAUAUACCGUAGAAUGUUCGAGAUGCAUAUGUGUACACGACGAGCGCUCAAGUAAACAACAGUGGCUAUUCCCAGAACUACAGUGUUGAUUGCGCCAGUAAAGAACAGUGGCCACUUUUGGAACUAACGAUAUUUGCUCGCAGGCGUGCCUGACACUACCAUUUCUGUUCGUUAAAUCCGGAGUCCGUUGGUUCCAGGACCAUUCAUUUGUGGUUUCACUGCGCACCAAAACUUCUGUGGCCAAAAAACAACAACAGCAAAAACUGAUUCUGUAUAUGUCUCAUUUUGAACAGGCCAAAUGUGUGAAGUAUUUCUUGAAACUGGGGAACAGUUACCUUAAUUAACCUUUUUAUUGGAUAAGUCUUAAAAUGUACUGAAAUUUUUGCUCUAAAGAUGGAUAUUAAUGAUUACUAAGCAGUCAUAUACAAUGUUAAAAUAUUAUACAGUAUAUACUCAUUUUCCAAUGGUCAGUCAGUUUUCUGUUUUCUAUGUAUGGCUUUUGGGACCUGAUUGUGUGCUUAGGGUAAUAUAGUGAUUCGUGCCAAGUCGCCUUAAUUACCCCGAUUAACUGACCAAUACUAGCACGUUUGGGCAUUUGGAACAGAAUGUUUCAGCUUGAACCCCUUCAUAGAUUUUAUAAAUAAGAACCAGCACUUUUAAAUGAAACCCCAAACCUACACUGCAAAAACACAAAAUCUUACCUCGUGAAUUGAUCUUAUUUUUUGUGAAAAAAUCUUACUGUACUUAUUUCUAGGCAGUUUUUGACUUUGUCCUAAAAUGUCAGCAAGACAAAAAGACUUGUUUUAAGUUAAAAUAGCUUAUUUUAAGAAUCUUAUAAAGUAAAUUCAUGCUACCCCCGUUGUCAGAUCCCCCCCACUUAUUUUAGGGACACAAUAUCUUGUUUUUAAUAUAUAUUUUUUUAAUAAUUGUUUUGAGAAAGUCAUUUUUUUCCAAGGUAACUGGCCAACUCCUCCUGAAGACUCAAUCACGUGGAUAGUUGCUGGCAAAUAUUUCACAAUUUGUGUAUUUCUUUGAAAGGGUGAAGUAAAAGAAACAAACAAGUAGUACAGUCCAACAGUUGGACACAUUGUGUUGAAUAUUUGGCGUCACCUAUUGUCAGGCUAUUGUGAUGUUUCCGUCUGUGAACACAUUCCUGCUCUGUAGGAAAGCAUGUGGAGUGUCAUGUAGAGUGUCUUCUGUUAAGAGUAUGUAGAUGUAAGGGUGUAAAUAAAUGUGCUAUAGCUCAUAGUUAGGGAUCAUACUUUGUUAACAAUUCAGCAAAUGUGCUUUGCUUUCCUGAGUGAAAUAUAUGAUAUGCAGUACUGGUAUAUAUGUAUCUAUUCCAAAUGAAAAAAAGUUCCAAAUCGUCCUAGUGUGUCUUAAUCUUACAUCCUAUUGUGCCAUGGUGGAUUUAUUGACAUCAGUGGGGUUUUCAUGGUCCAAUUUGUCACUCAAUAUUUUGCUAUGUGCUUUUUUGGUACCACGUAAGUUCUAUACAUGUUGUAAUGGAAUUAAAUAUGGUUAUGUUCA